AUGGGAUCGUCGACAGAGCACAUGUAUCGGGCCCUCUCCGACCCGUUGGUCCCGUCGCCUAGGCAGUUCAAAAAGCAUAAGACCUUGCCUCGACCGGCAAACGACAUCGACCUUGCCCCAGAUGUCACUCCCUCCCGAGCCACCUCGGAUGCCUAUCGUCUAGUCCUUGACGCCUCAUACGCCCUCAGCUCAUCCGCCACCCACUCGUCCCCGGCCGCCGGCUCCCAGACCGUCAAGCCGACGUCACGACGCCUUGCCUCGACUUCCGCUGCUGGCCCUGAUCCUCCGCCAACACCCCCAGCGCACUCUCGCGCUUCAUCCAGUGGAAACCCCACACUAGAUCCAAGCCCGACCGCAGCGGAACCUGCCAGACUGCAUCCUCCUCCGCCCCUUGCGCUGCGGAAACCUCCCGUAACGCCACCCGAUCAAAGAAGCCCACCGACUCCUGACGUAACACCCCCGAAGCCUCAAACUGCCGUGAAAGCUGUGCGCCAACCGCACUGGGAGCAAUCUUCCACUGGCGCCACCCCGACCGACUCUCGCAACGACUCGUUCAAGACGGCCCAGGAAGAGCAAUUCUCCUCGGAAGACGACCAUGCUCGCGCUGCCCUGAAGUCCCGAACCAACUCGGCGCACACCUCACAGACCACCAUCCUGCGCAUCCCAGAGCUGCCUGCACCUGCUCCCGUGCAGGUGCAGCCCCUGGCCUCCGCCCCAGGGAACCCUCCCGUCAGUGUGCAGCAGCUGACUCCACGUACCAUGGAUGAAUUUCGCCAAUUCGACGGAGAAUGGGACUCUGCGCGGCAGCUAGCCAAGGACCGCAACCACGAGCAGCAGCAGGACGGCAGCCGGCCGCGUGCAGUUGUCAGCAAGCGGAAGCGCCCAGUUCCCAAGACGCCCAUCAUUACAUCCCCACCUACAGCUAAGCGCGAGGUGGUGGAAGAACAUGUCAUCACCCCUACCGCUGCCACUCGCGCCGCACGACAUGUCCAGGUUCGAGACAAUGCUGUUGUGGACGCAUCGCCCGUUAGCUCCUCAGUACGAUCCGUUUCCGAAACUUCAGCCAGUGUCGAUGCUCGGAGAUCUUCAGCGACAUCUGCACGAUCAAGUUCUUCUGCUGUUGUCGAAGUUCUUGUUAUGAAUGGCCCUGCUCAGCCGCCCCAGCGAAGACGCACUCUCCGACAUGUCAAGAAACAAAAUCUGCUGCGGCAGCCUCUACCCGUGCCCGAUAGAUCCUCCGGCAGCAGCUUCGAUGCUCACCGGCGUCUUCCUCAGCCGCAGCGCAAGCGCCACGAAAGCCCCGUGUCUCGCGACCGCAGCCGACCACCCAGCACGCAGGUCACCUCUAAUCACCCCAUUGGAGAUAAUAGGGCGCGCCGUGAAAUCUGGAGCAACGGAGGUAUCCCGGUCAUUGUUGUGCCAGAUAGGCGUUCCUCAAAUCGCAGCAAAUCGCGCGAACCGUCGCUACGCUCUACUUCUAGUAAACGCUCCAAGAGAUCUGCUAGCAUUGGUUCGCCCCAACGGACCCGAGGCUCCCUGGACACGUCUCGGCCCGAGUCUCUGGCCCGCGGCAGAAAUGCUGGCAGAACCGCCGGCGAUGAACGAACCAUGGAUUUUGCUCCAUUUAUCCCGGCUCGUUCCUCAUCGCUCUCUGCUCCGACCAGCCGAAACGUUUCCCGCACGAACUCACUGACGACUGAGAGCAUGCGAGCGCACAAUGACUUGCAAAGAAAGGAGGACGAAGCAAAUUCAGUCAAUUCAGCCAAGGCCGUCAAAUCAGAGCGUCAUGUGGGUGAGACGUUCCCGGUGCUCAGCCUACCGCUUGCGCCGACAUCUCCUAUAAAGCCCGCUGAUGCCCAGUUCAACCGCGACAGACCAAUGAGCCCGCCGCUUGACCAGCUUCCUACUGAGGAUGGCAUGAGUGCCAAGAAAUACUCAUCUCGAAAUACUCCCUUUUCAGUUACAUCGGUUGCUACCACCGGGACUGCGCCAGAAGUCUCGGAGGCGUUCGCGGUGCACAUGUACCCGCACCAGAACUCGUCUGUCGUCAUGAUAAACCAUUCUGCCCGGCCGUCCGACUCUUCUAGCGCAGCACAUAUCGCAGCGUUACCUCAGCUCGUCCCGACUAUUACUACUACUGACGCCCAAGGCGAGCCGCCCGUCACACCCCCCGAGCAGCAAAACAAGACCGAAGAUGUCGACUCUCCACUGCGCAACCCACGAGCACCGCCUGACCCUCCUUCGCAUCCACCUAUGCUCAACCUGAUCCCUGCUACGCCAUCUGGAGCUACCCCAGCCGACGAGAGUGACAGGCGAUUGGGAAAUUUCUUUGAAACAACACCACCAAGACGCGAGUCUCUUAUCAAACGGGCUUUCAGCCGUCGCCGUCGCAACUCUGUUGAUUAUCCACCAAACUCGGCCAAGUCUCCUGGCAGACUGACCCGGUCAUUUUCGCUGUCUCGAUCUCUGGGUCUGGACUCGAGUGCUCGCCCAGUAUUUGGAGUCGACAUUGAUGGCGAGGUAGCGCCCAAGAAAGCGAGCAGGGACCCUGUGGAGCGAGAGAAGCUCCAUCCACUGUGGCGUCCGCAAUAUGAGGACGACGAGUGUGAGUAUGGUGACAGCUGCCCUCACCACAGCAAGCGCGACACGACAUAUCGCUAUCCACUCGUGGACAACCGCCCUCGCCCGCCCAAGAGGAGCCUCAGCGCCCGCAUGAAGAACACAUUUGCCAUUCUGCCGGCCCGAAACGAUAGGCAGUAUCCGGUCGAGGACAGGACAAGUUGGCCAGAGCGUCGAAUUAUUCGCCGGACGCCCAGCGGCAAUUUGCGAGUGAUGCAGCGACGCGCCAGUCUAGAAUCCCUGCCCAUGUCGCCCCGUCUCAAUAGAGGACAAACAGAGCCGCUACGCCCGUCCACCGAUACGGAACAAACUCGACGUCCGUUUCGACUGCCAGGCGCCCUCCGCCGCGCAGAGACGGCAGACGCUGGAACAGGCCAACGCCGACGACGUUUCUCGUUGAGCGAUAAGCUGGAAGACAUUCACAACAUCCCGCGUUUCCUGAACGACAAGCGACGCGAGAAGAGAACGCAAGAGCUGCGCCAAAUGAUCAGCGGUCCUACCAACGUUCGCGAUGGCGUCGGCGAGGUGGUCCGCCGGGGCAACAGCUGGGGUAACCGGGAAACCUUCAACGCGAACCACAACGACUUUUGA